GUUGACGUAACAACGCAGGACCUGCCCUGUUCUACGCCGCUGCUGGCUCUCGACAACUGCAACCAGAGAUAUAGUUGCAACGCUGGUCGCAAGCACAUAAAAAAACAUUCAAAGCUUCAAGGAUUAUUGUUCGGGUAGUAACUGCCAACAAAUUACAAUAUUUUGAUACUAAUGAAAGGAUAAUCACACCACUGACAACCUGCUUAAACUUGUCACAAAGUGCUUUUUCGGAUACCCAAUCUGAAACCCCAGGUCUACAGAGAAAUGUGCCAUUCAGACCACAGAGUCGAAUGUUCUGAUCUCUCCUUCACCUCCCCGAGCCCGGGAGCCUCUGGCCUCGAAUCAGACCGCUGAGCCCACCUCUGUCUUGCACCCCCAACCUAGCCUGUAACCCCACUUUAGCAGCCCACCGCCUCCACCCCGCCUCCUUAUCUGAACUCCCUCACGCAGGGGCCAAGGGACCAUGGACAGCCCCCCCAAGCUGUCCGGGGAGACCCUGAUUGUUCACCACAUUCCCCUGGUGCACUGCCAGGUGGCUGGGGGGCGGCACAGCUGUGGAGCCGGGGGCUCCCUGAAGAGGCCAAACCCCUUCGGCCAACCAGAGAACCUGGGCCUGAGCCGUACCACCUCCCUCCCGGAGCGGGACGUCCUCCAGAGGGAGGCGCUGGUCUACAGCAGCCUGAUACAGACCUGUAGCGGAGGAGGAGAGGGAGGAGGCGGAGGGCGAGGAGGCAGCACCGGGAGCAAUGAUUCGUCCGUGACUUCCAGUAAUUCUGAGGAACAGGGGAUGGCGUCUCAUACUUUACCAAGGGUGAAACGUCGGGGAAGGGCCAAUCCUCUCCGUCUUCGCCAUAACCCCUUUCUGCUCAAUGCUGAGGAGGAUGAGGACGAGGAGGAAGAUGAAGAUGGUAAUAACCUUAACGGUUACCUGGAAGACUCGUCCUUCCAUCUCCACGGCGAUACUCACUCUGGACUGGGUGUGGAGGGAGACGGGGUUGCCCCCUUUCACCUUCAUGACCUUGGGUUCACCUCACACGAGCCAUUCCUUUUGCACAGCAGCCUGGAAAAGCAUUCGUGGGGCUGCUCUGGGGGGCGGGACUCCCUCAGGGGUGUGGCCUCAGAUCUCUCUGCCCACUUGGAGGGCCUAGAUCUGCUGGGAUUGGAUGGCCCCCGUCGCCACGGGAGCAGCGGCUCUACGCUCUCCAUGGACUGUGGAGAGCAGGAAUGGGGCGAGGACGAGGAGGAUGAGGAAGAGGAUCACCCAAUGAGGGGUGGUGGGCGGGGCAGCAGCCAAACUAACUCCUCUUCUGGCCCCUCCCACCAGCAGUGCUCUUGCUGUGGACUCUCACAGGCGUAUCCCGAACACUUCCCAGAACCGUUUUGCGAGUUGUCGGAGGGCCAACUGGGCUACGGCAGCGACUCGUCAUGUAACAGCUCGGACGGCGUGCUGGUCAACUUCAGCGCUAUCUACAACAAGAUGAACAACAGCAUUCCGGCCACGUCCUCCAAGCCCCCCGUUACAACCACCACCAACCUCAACAGCUCCAACGACCACUCCUGCACCUCCUCGGUCUGUGCCUCCUCUGUGCUGGAUGGGGAGACAGGGAGCCGAAGAGGGUCUACCUUCUAUCUGGAUCUCCACAGCUCCCCUAUUGAGCCUCCAAAUCCUCAGUCUCAGCAGGCCCCCUGCCCCCCCAACCACACCGCUCCCCUUCUAUUCCAGCCCCGCCAACACCCCACCACCUCCUCUCUCUGCACCUGCUCUGCUGAACACCGGGGGGCACUGGACCUGGACGACAACUGCAACUCCUACCGCCCACCGCGCCUCUCAGACUCAGGAACUGACAUCACAUCCUGUCUGCAGAGCCAGGCCCGUCUGGUGGUGGCCACCCAGAACUACUACAAGCUGGUGACCUGUGACCUCUCGUCACAGUCGUCCCCGAGUCCCGCAGGAAGUUCCACUUCGGUGACGAGCUGCUCUGACGAGCACAGCAAGGACAGCCCUGCCCCAGACACGCCCACCGCCACUCAGCCAACUGAAUAUUACCUGUUCAGGCGCCCAUCAGAAGCAGAGGAAGAGGAGGCAGGAGAGACGUCGCAGCAUGAUGAAGAUGAAGAUGAAGGUGAGGAUGGGGAGGCGGAGAGGAAGAAGGGGGAGCCACAGCAGAUGAGCGGCUCGUACUCUGAGCCGGUCAUCGAGGGCCAGGUGUACGUCAACAUUUCCCCUCCGCUGGCUGGCCAGGCGACCCGCCCACGUUCCCGUAGCUACGACCGGAACCUGGACAAGUCCCCGCCCCCUCGGCUCGGCUCGCUGGAGCGCAUGCUGAGCUGCCCCGUCCGUCUGAGCGAGGGCGCCGCCCCGCUGAGCCCUCCUCCUCCGCCGCGGGUCACCUCCUUCGCGGAGAUCGCCAGGAGCAAGAGGAGAAAUGGAGGGAGCAGUUGCUCUCCAUCUCUGAAGAUGGGGGUGUGUACCGACCCUUUCUCCUCCACCCACUCCGCCCACUCCUCCACCGACUUCUCCCCCAUCAUGGAGGGUCCCGGACCCAGCCAUAGUCUGCCCUUCCAGCGCUGCUACAGCCAGGGCAGCGUGGACAGGCCCUCGCUUGGUGGGGGUGGCAGAGAGGCGCGCUCCAAGGCUGAGGGGUGUCUGUCCAGCUCCUCGUCCAGCUCCGCCGUGGUCCGCUACACUAAGGAGCAGCGGCCCACAACCCUCCCCAUCCAACCCUUCACUUUCCACCACCAGUUCUCCAAGCCGGCCCAGCCCAAGCCCCUGCUCCCCCUGCUGACGGGCUACGUCUCCGGGAUGCAGCCGGCCCGGGGCGCAGGGUCUUCUGGAGGUACGGAGGUGGGUGAAGGCGUGGCCGGCGACCCGGGGGAGGAGUCUGUGCGUCGUGGACAGGGCGGGGGCGGUGGCGGGGCAGGGUCAGCCGUGGCUAAGCUCGGUCCUGGCUCGGUCCGCCCCUCUCCGCUGGGAAGCUAUUCCCCGGUGCGCCUCCAGGGGGUGUCCUCCAGCUCAGGAACCUGCUCUACCUGCACCCCAAGCCCCCAGCCUCCUCGCAGCCUCUCGUGCCCCCUCUCUGCCGGGCUACUGCCCCUCCAUUCUAACACCCCCCCACCACAGACACCACCGGUUGGUGCCCCGAAGCCCCAAACCCCUCCCCCUCUGCCCCUGGGGGUGAAGCGCUGUGCCCUGCCCCCUGCACUGCCUCCAGUGCUUGGUCAGUGUUGCCACCAGCAUCACCGGGGGACCCUGCCCGUCCUGCCUGCCGUGCCCCAGGACAGUGAGACUUCACUGGGCUGCGAGGAGACGACAUGCUCCCUGGAGGGGAGUCAAGGACCAGGGCCCAGGACACAACAUGGGCACCACCUCUCCCCCCAGACUCUGAAAUGGAGGGAGUACCGGAGGAGGAAUCCCCUCGGGGUGGAAAAGAGCACCUCGAGGGGAUCUGUGGGGUCGGCCAGUCUGGAUGGGAUUGGUCGUAGGGGAGGGGCCCGGGGUCAGCGAAUCACGCGACGGAACGUGUUUGAUUUCCCACCGGCCUCUAGUGGCCACGCCCUGGGACGCCUGAAUGGUGCUCAUGACACAUUUACUAACUAUGUGAAUGGCCUAGGCCAGUCAGUGAAGCAGCUGCAGUAUUACAGUGACUUCCUGCCGGAUUACUUCUCCCUGACAGAACGUCCUCCAGACGAGUUUUGUCUCUCUCCGGAUGCCUCCUCUUCAUCAUCAUCCUCCUCUUCGACACAAUCACACGUUGCUGUCGACCUGCAGCAGAAGAGAGGUUUGGUAAAAGCCAUUAACACGGCGGUUGAUCUGAUUGUGGCUCAUUUUGGCACCAGUAGGAACCCUGAUGUGAAGGCAAAGCUGGGGAACAGUUGGGUGAGUCCCAAUGUGGGUCACCUGAUCCUGAAGUACCUGUGUCCGGCUCUCCGGGAGGUGCUGGAGGACGGGUUGAAGGCCUAUGUGCUGGACCUGAUUAUCGGACAGAGACGCAACCAACCCUGGAGCCUGGUGGAAGCCUCCACACAGCUGGGCCCCUCCACCCGUCUUCUACACAGCAUGUUUUCCAAGGUGUCACAGUUCUCAGAGCUCAAUAAUCACAGCAUGAGACUCAAUGCUUUCAUCUUUGGACUCCUCAAUUUGCGUUCCUUGGAGUUCUGGUUCAAUCACCUGUAUACUCAUGAAGACGUUGUAGCAGCUCACUACCACCCGUGGGGUUUCCUGCCGUUGUCCCAGGGGCCGUGCCAGCCUAUGUUUGAGGAGCUCCUCCUACUCCUACAGCCCUUAUCCCUGUUGCCAUUUGACCUUGACCUGCUGUUUGAGCAGCGAUUGGUCCAGAAGAGCCAGGAACAACUGAGAAGCAAGGAGCAGCUCUGCUCCGCCUCCGCCGGCCAGAGCCUGGACCAGUCAACACGCUCCACCUUUCAGCUCAUGAGGGGGUGGAGCACCGACUCACGGAGGGCGGAGUCUAUGAAAGAAGCGCAUGAGGACAAAAAGGAAAGUUCUGGGCCAGGGAAGAGAGAGAGGCCGGGGCUCAGACGAGAGGGAACGUGGCCUAGGAUGGAAGCGGUAGGUGAGAGGGGACGUUGGGAGAGGAAGAUGAUGAGAACCGGGUCGACAAGAGACGGGGAUGGGAUGGACCGUUUAGGGGCUGGGCUUGUCGAAACGCACCCAAUGUCAACAGAAUUAGGAACAGGUUUUGCUAAUCUGUGGAGGGAGAGUGGGAGGGGGCGGGGCGCAUUGAAGAGACCGAAGGGGGUUGGAGGAGAGUGCUGGGCAGAGGAGGUAGACAAGGAGAGAAGGAAGGAGAAAGAGAGGGAUGUGGGGGAAGAGGGUCGUCAGCGGCAGGAACGCGAUCGCCAGGCUGGCUGGUGGUACCAGCUAAUGCAGAGCUCCCAGGUCUACAUCGACCAGUCAGCACAGGGCGGGUCCAAGUUCGUCAAGAGCGAGAAGAGGAAAAGGUCGGUCGAGAGGCGGAGCCACAGCACAAGUCAGCUCCCGCCCGCCAGGGAGGGCGUGGUGGAGGGGGCGGAGUCUAGCCUGGAUGAUGAGAGAAGCAGCAAGAGCAGUUCCAGCUCCAGUGGGGAGUCGACAGGGUCCCGGGGAAGAGGAAGACCCUCCUGGAUGGGGAGUCCUCCAGAGUCUGUGCUCACCCAGGACAAGGAUCCAGGACCUCUGGUGCCUGAGGCCACAGCGGCCCAGUCCGUGCCCCAGGCUGAUGGCCCCUCCCCGGGCCAGGGGAUGCGGUGGAGCAGGCUGUUUGGGUCCAACAUAGGUGGGGCUGGGUCUCCCUCCAGACUGACUGGAGCUGAUCAGAAGCCUGUGAAAAACCAGAAGAGCAGGCUGCCGUCCGGCUGGUUGACAGGUCUGGAUAUGUCUGUUCUGGACCUAGUAGCUCAGACAGUGGGGGCCGGAACGGUUAAGAGGGUGGAGCCUUCAGCUCCCCCGGCCACGCCCACUGUGAACCAACCCUCUCUGCCUACUCCCGUGCCACAAGAGACCCAAACCAAACAGCCAUGUGUGGUGCAUGCCCUAUGCCACCACAUUGCCACGGAGCCCGACCAGCUGAGUUUCCAAAAGGGAGAUGUUCUGAGGGUCCUUAGCCGGGCCGACUCCGACUGGCUGCUCUGCUCCCUUGGGACCCAACAGGGCCUGGUGCCCAUCAUUUAUGUCACCCUGAAAAGCCUGGAUGACAGCCAGGGACCCCAAGGGCUACACUGACUCCCGCAGGGGUUCCCAAACCCGGUUUUCCAGAAAUCCCGGUUGAAGGAAAUCAGUCCAUCCUCCGAUCACGAUUUGUGGGAAAACCUGAAGGUUUUGGGAAAUUAUCAGGAAUUGUUCGACACCACUGAACCCCUGGGCCACAGUAGGGGUGAAUGGAUGAGGGGUUAGGGAUGAGGGUUGAGGGAUGAGGGUGUUAGCGGAACAGAGAGAGAUGAAGGUGAAGGAUUCAGAGGGACAAAGAAGGAUCGUCCCUUGCUGCAAACGAGACGAUGGAUUCUGAGGAGUUUAAUGUGUAAUUACUGUACUAUGGAGAUGAGCAUGACACACACACAGAACAACACCCACAGCAACACACACACUCACACACAGACAUAAACAUGCGCUAACGUAAGGAAAUAUACACGUAGGCAAGCAUACAGGCAAAAACACACUUAUAUACGCAUGAAUAUACACUAAACUCAUGCAUGUAUAGAUUCAAAGACACGCACGACACACAGACAGGCAGGCAGACAGACAGAAACACACACAUGCUAACCAAACAGUCUGAGGACCACUGACAGAAUGAGACGAGGCUAGCUACAAAGACUGCCUUAGCUCAGCCGUAUGAUAGACACAAUACCACGCAUAGCUGUGCUUUAUCAUGCUUAUAGAAUAUACUUUAUAUAUAGCCGUGCCACACUUUGAAUGCCAGUGCUACGAUAAUGCUAAAUGCUAUUGCUAAUGCUAGUAGUACUAAUGCUAGUGCUAAUGCUAAUGGCAGACUUCAGAGGAUUGCUUAAAGACUUGUCAUUUAAUGGAUCCACAGCACCAUCAUGCUGCUUGAUUUACUUCAUUUACUUAAAGCCCGGAGACCCCCUGCUUUGUAGUAGGACAUCAGUAACUAGUUUUGUUACAAAACACAAAAAAAGACAACAUUGUUUGUGUGAUCUAGCUGUCAUCUCUUUGUGGAUUAAUUACCAGUGGACAGACGACCAGUUUGAACUAUUUUCAUCAAUUAAUCGUCAUCCGCAGAUAUUCAUCGCCUUGACCACACAACCAUCAGACCAGAAGGUCUGACUGGACAAACCCAAGAACAUCCUUCUGUCUCCUUCCUGUCACUUCCUGUUGAUUUUGACGGAUGGGAUGAACUGAACUGAGCUAGGCCCUAGUGCAUGUAACCUAGCAUCUGUGAGACAUUUUGUUGUUUCACUUUCUCUUUGUUCUGAACCCAAACCCUUAGCUCCUCCCAUCUGACCCCCACACUCCCCUUUAUCCAGUAUAAUUGCACAUUUUUUGGAGAGGGUUAUGGACCCAGUACCAUGAGUACAGAUGAAACCAUCAGAUUGAAAAGGCUAUGAUAAGAUUUGAGCUAUAUAUUUGUCUGUAUAUCAAUCCAUACAUACUAUAUAGGCCAAUAAUAACUUAAACAUCUGGUGGGUGCCAUUUAUUUAUGGACUAAUGAUGAUAUUAUUUAUUAUUUUUGAGGAAAACCCAUGCGAAUGCAAUGGCAGUGGUGGUGAAUAAAGAACAAAGGAUGUCCAAUGAAAGCAAGGCCUGGUUUUGGAGGUCUGUUUAGGGGCUUUGCUGAACAUGUUGAGGAGGCAGUUCUACACCCCCAGCCCAAAAUUGCCCACCGGGCCCUACAAAGAAUGUUUUGAUGUAGUUAAAAUCCUUUAAAUGAUACUGAUUGGUUCCGUUUCACAAUAACAGGGAAAGGGACCGAUGUUUCUUGUGUAUGCCUUAAAGUGCUUGAGGAAGAACCACGGAGAGAGCUGCUGAUCUGGAUGCAUCUGGCCCCGACCAGUGGUUCCACCCAUUGGUCCUUACGUGGUGUUUUAUACAUGCUACGGUGUGUCAAACCAGCCGCUUUCUCCGGGGUUUCAGUCCUGAGAGGUUCCAGUUGACAUCUCAGGUUUUUCUGUCUGAAAAAUGUGUACGAAUUAUCCAGUUGAGAGGGAAUAAUAUGCAGCUAGCGAAGAGGCUGGGAGGUAUUUUAAAAGGGACCCCGACACGUGUCGUCUAUGGCUUGUAUGCAUUUGUUGCUUUCAGAUGUUUCAGAUGUGGCCUUAUGUUCAGAUUGAGCUGUACAUGAAAUCCAGAGUUUGGCAAUUGGGAUUAGGACUAAACCCUAGAUUAUUUUCAAAACUAUGUAUUAACACCUAGGCGUGGGUGUCUUAUAGAGCCUAACAAUCCACAGUUAAAUUAUUUAGACAUUCACAUUAAAAUAAUGGGUUAGCAAAACUUAAAUUACUGGGACAUAUUUGAAAAUAAAUCCGUUAACCUAGCUUUAAACCAACAAUUUUAUUUUGUUGUACAGUUGUUUAAUUUUUUAUAUAAUUUCUGGAUUUUUUAUUCCACAAAUGAAUUCAUUAUUUUGUUUGGAAUUGUAAAUAUAUUUAAUUUCCUCAAUAUUUACAUUUUGAAAGAACGAGACAUAAGAAGCUAAUAUGGAUUCUCAACUACUGUAUUUUAAUAUAUUAUUGCGUUACUAACAAGUAUUUUGUAAAUGUAACAUAGUGUGAGAGUUAGCAUCAAUGCUAACCUUAAGACUAUGAGUAAGGUACAAUAGAUUCAGUGGUUGAAGUACAUUGUAUGGAGGUAGCUAACUGCCAAAACUAGAUACGUAUAACAAUAGUCUGUUCAGAAUUUUGGCAUCUAUCUAUCGCCAAAACUUAACAGGGUGGAUGAACUGAAAUGUGCAGGAAAUGCAGCAAAGGUGUGUCAGAUAUGCAGGAUGACGUCUCUGAUUUGUUAGUCUUCCAGACAAAGUUUGCUCUUCAUUGACAUCCUCUGGCUGCUGCAGAGUCCCAUGUGACAGACAGUAUUGUACAUGUACUGCAGUAGUCUUAAUGAUCAGCUAGUGUGGAGUGAGAGAGAGAGUGAGAAACAUUUGAAAUGUGAUUGAUAUGGUGCAGAUGACUUUUCUCUCCAUAGUAACUUUUGACAUCUAGAGGCCCAGGUUCACUAUGGUUUCUUGCCCUUGUACUUGCAAUUGAUUAGUUAUAAGAAGAUGAAAGAUUCUGUUAAUUCCCCUUGUCACUCUCUCUCUCUUGCCCCAUUUUCACCUGGAUCUUACAUUAAUUAUUUCUCCUGAUAAUGUCCUGGUCUUGUCCAUAUACACUUAUAACAAACGAUCAAAAUCAGAUCACAAUGUGGCUUUUAAUCAUCUGCACCUGCCUACGAAAUAUGGACACUGUCAGAACCUGGACAAGAUCAGGACACCUUGUCAGCGCCAUAUUUAGGCAGGGUCUGUCCUGUUCCUCUCUUCCAUGGUCUGAUAGAGGUAAGCCAUUAAUCCUGCUUUUACUCUGUAGCACCAGUGGCGCCACUUCUACCAUUCUGUUCACGUGUCCAUUUGAUGUCCAGGUGGCCAGAGAAAUCUGAAUCGAGAGGAUGGGCUCAUAGUAACGUCCAGGAUGGAAGGAACGGAAUGGAUGUGAAACGCAGUGCCCAAUUAGUCCGAUUCCAUUCUGUGAACUCCACUCUAGACGCCACUGCUCCCGCCUCGCCAGCCUCCUGUGAUAUGAUCCUAUUUGACAACAUGUGCGACAGCUCCUUGUCCAUGCUUUAUAAUGACGUCUAUGUAUGAGAUUAUCAACGUACUAUGGAUGUUAAUAACAACGUGCUCAUGUGAUCACAACUUCA